AUGGGUGGGUACUCAUGCAGAAAAAAGAGCUGCAAGAAGGACGAUAGUGUUGUGUGGCAGUGUAUGAAAGAAAAAAGAUGGUGUAAGGGGAAACUUGUGAUUCAACAUGAAGAAUUGAGAAGUGAAGUACAGCAUACGUGUGUGCCGGAUGAAGCCGCGGGUAACCCGUUCGGCGCUCGGGAGACGCGGCGCUUGGGAGACGGAAUCACACCAAUGGUUAGCUGGCCCCGUAAUCCGAAGGUCGAAAAAGAUGGAAUCGCCACGGAUCCUGAGAAGGUCCGCGCCAUUCAGGAUUUCCCCGCACCCACGAACGUCAAGGGACUUCGCAGUUUCCUAGGACUUGCGUCGUGGUAUCGGCGAUUCGUCGAGAAGUUCGCUUUAGUAACCAUUCCGCUUCGAGGUUUGCUGAAGAAGAACGCCAAGUGGCUCUGGGGACCCGAACAAACUAAGGCAUUCGAAGCUCUGAAACAUGCCUUUGUGACAGCCCCGAUUCUCGCCUGUCCCGACUUGAGCCAACCCUUCGUGCUCCAGGUCGACGCCUCGAAUUAUGGCCUGGGAGCAGCGCUAACUCAGAGUGUAAACGACCGAGAAGUGGUCGUGGCGUAUGCCAGUAGGCUACUCUCUGAGGCCGAACAAAACUACACGACCACUGAGAAGGAGUGUCUCGCUCUCGUAUGGGCUGUUCGGAAAUUCAAGGCUUAUCUCGAAGGCUACCACUUCAUCGCGAUAACCGACCAUGUCGCCCUAAAAUGGCUGCUUAAGCUCAGUGAGCCUAGUGGGUGCCUGGCUCGGUGGGUUAUGGAGUUACAGCAAUUCGACUUCGAGAUAAGGUACCGCAAGGGGACAUCGAACAGAGUGGCAGACGCCCUGUCUCGUCAGCUGGUCCCUGAAGGGCCCAGCUCGUCUGGUGAACCCGAUCAACCUACGUUUGAGGUCGGAGUUUUAACCAGACGCGGUGCUAGGGAACAGUUGCGGUUACAACGCCUAACCAAGGUUGAAGGUGACGAACUUUCACUCGGCGAUGAUCCGGCAGGUGACGUUAUCGACGACGAAGCUUCUGGUCCGACGCAGCCGGAGACUGAUGACCCAUCAUCCGACGAGGACAACGAUAGUAACCCGCCGGGCAGCAAUGGUGCUUGGUAUGACCGCCUUCGCAAUCUGGUCAGCAAACACCUUGGGCGAUACUCGAGAUACCAGCUUCACGACGGUAAGCUGUACCGUGCUGUCCCGAGGAAGGAUCGACCUACGGCAUGGAGGGUGUGUGUGCCAAGCGACCAAGUAUCCGGGGUACUGCACGAAAACCACGACACGGCUACGGCAGGACAUCUUGGGGUGAAAAAGACGUUAGCCCGAGUUGGUGGGGAGUACUUCUGGCCUAACUGGCGUCGUGAGGUGAAGGCCUAUGAUACCUUCAGCAAAUGGACGGAACUCGCCUCCAUUGCGUCUGCAACCGCAAAGAAUGUGGUGACGAAGCUGAAGGCUAUCCUACUUCGACAUGGAGCUCCGGAUGUGUUGAUUACGGACAACGGCACGCAGUUCGUCGGUAAACUGGUUCGAGAACUGGCUGCUGAGUGGGGCAUCACGCUACAGACGACGGCCCCCUACAGCCCACAGUCAAACCCAGUCGAGAGGCAAAACCGGGUGGUGAAGACUAUGAUUGCGCAGUUCGUGAAAGGCAACCAUAGAUCUUGGGACAACCACCUGGUGGAGUUUCAGUACGCCCUCAACACAGCUGUCCACGACUCUACUGGAUUCACUCCUGUGAUGCUGUGUUUUAGACGCGAACUGAAGCCUCCUUGUGCCGUCCGUGGCCCCUUGUUUGAGGUGUCUGAGACUCCCCACGGUCCCACGUUGAGUGAGGCCCACCGUAAACGAUUGGAGGAGUUUCAGCGUCUGAUCACGCAGACACGCAAGAACCUCAAGGCCGCCUACGAAAGGCAAUCAACGUAUUAUAACCUCCGUCGUAGGGAGGUGACGCACGAAGUCUGCGCGCAGGUGAUGCGAAGACUCCACGUAUUGUCUUCAGCCAUUGUCGGGAAGUUAGCGCCGAAAUAUCGCGGCCCCUGCACAGUUGUGGGCUGUCGUGGCGCUAACCUUUACGAGGUGCGUGAUGAGGACUCCGCGGCGGUGCAUGUUGUCCACGCAAAAGACCUGAAACCUUUCUGUGCGCGCGUUUAG